CGGGCAGACCCAGCGGGCAGGGCCGGGCCGGGCCGGGCCGGGCCGGGGGGCAGGCCGGGGCGGAGGCCGCGCCGCCCCGGGGACUUUGAGCCCAGCGGGCCCGGCAGUCGGGGCCGCGGCCAUGGCGGGCCGGCAGCGGCAGCGGCUGCUGCUGGAGAACGCCGAGCAGCUGGUGCUGGUCUGCGGCCGCCGAGAGCCCUUCCUGCGGCGGGACGGCGCUGCCAGCCUGGCCGUGCUGCGGGCCGCCAGCCUGGUGGUGGGGCUGGAUGGCUGUAUCAAAGCUGUGGGCCAGGCAGAUGUUAUUCGCAAUCAGUUUUCAGAAGCAACGUUUGAAAGGAUAAUUGACUGCUCCGGGAAGUGCGUGUUGCCAGGCCUGGUAGAUGCACAUACACAUCCAGUGUGGGCUGGUGAUAGGGUUCAUGAGUUUGCAAUGAAGCUGGCAGGUGCAUCCUACAUGGAGAUCCACCAGGCUGGGGGAGGGAUCCACUUCACCGUGGAGCACACUCGGAAGGCCGCGGAGGACGAGCUGCUGGCCACGCUGCGGCAGCGCCUGGGCCGCAUGCUGAGGGCAGGAUCCACGCUGGUGGAGUGCAAGAGUGGCUACGGGCUCAGCCUGGAAACCGAGCUCAAAAUGCUGCGGGUGAUCGAGCGCGCGCGGCAAUGCGCGGAUAUCGGCAUCUCCUCCACCUACUGCGGGGCUCACGCCGUGCCCAAAGGGAAAACUGCUACUGAAGCCACAGAUGACAUUAUCAAUAACCACCUUCCUAAACUGAAAGAACUCAUACUAAGUGGUGAAAUACACGUUAACAAUAUAGAUGUGUUCUGUGAGAAGGGAGUCUUUGAUCUGGAGUCUACAAGGAGAAUACUUCAAGCUGGAAAGGAUAUAGGGUUACAGAUUAACUUCCAUGGUGAUGAACUGCAUCCGAUGAAGUCUGCUGAGCUUGGAGCUGAGCUGGGAGCCCGGGCCAUCAGCCACCUGGAAGAAGUUAGUGAUGAAGGUAUUGUGGCAAUGGCAAGAGCUAAGUGUGCUGCUGUCCUUCUGCCAACAACAGCCUACAUGCUAAGACUGAAGCAACCUCAAGCUAGAAAAAUGUUGGAAGAAGGUGUUAUAGUUGCUCUUGGCAGUGACUUUAAUCCUAAUGCAUACUGUUUUUCAAUGCCUAUGGUGAUGCAUCUGGCCUGUGUAAACAUGAAGAUGUCAAUGAAUGAAGCACUGGCAGCUGCCACCAUUAAUGCAGCUUAUGCUCUGGGCAAAUCAGACACACAUGGCUCCUUGGAGGUUGGCAAGCAGGGGGAUCUUCUUGUCAUAAACUCAUCAAGCCCAUCCUCCCAUGGACACGUGAUCCUCUGUAGCAGCACUGGUUGAGAGAGAAUCCACAGAAGAGGGGUGGCACAAGGCUUUGUUCUCAGACACUGCAAAAACCCAGCACAAUGAAUGAAGGACAAAAUAGGCAUAAGACAGCAGAAGCAAUGGACAACAUGGAGAUAAGAACCUGUCCACCACCUUGGGUCCAACUACUGCUCCUCUUUCGAGGAUGCAUCAGUGUUUUACCUGGACUGAGAAAUUUGUAAUAACCUUGAAAACUACCAUUGCCUUUAAAACACUAACCAACAGCAGUCUUUAGAUGCAAAUAUUAACCAAAUACAGAAUGAGGGCUCACUCUUCACUCCCUUAUCUCCAGUUUGAGUUGCUGGGGCUCAAAGGCCUGGAGGAAACUGAAGCAGAAGAGCAGACAGCAUAACUGAAACACAAGCCUGGUUCUGCCUAUUGCCCUAGAGCAACUCUGUAAAGAGCAUUGGCUCCCUCUGGUUUUGGUCAUGAAGAUCACCCCUCCCCUGCUUUCAAGAAUACAGCUAGAGAUCAGCAUCUGGUCUGCUCAUUGCAGCUGAGGCACUUUCAGAACUUCCUCUGGAAAGAUGGGGGAAUGCCACACAAUACAAACUCUCUCCCUCCCUCACCUCACUACAAGGCUGCCCACGUCCCUGAGGGUGACACACUCCAGCUUUGAAAGCCAGCUGCAAGGUCUGGAGUAAAUUCUCAUGCUGCAUCCAAAAGCGACAGGCAAAUGGUUGCAGGAGAGGCCUUAGGCACCAUUCAAUGACCAUUUGAGGUUGAGAACUCUCUUUAAAAGAGAAAAAAUGAAGUGUGCAUUCACAGCACUCUGGCUGCACUCGGCCUUUCCUUUCUGAAGCCCAGCGGGAUGCUGUGUAAUGCUCUCGCCAAAUUAGCGGCUUCAGAAAAGCAACAGGAGCAACAGAGAGGUGGUGACACCAAUUGCAAAUAGGCUGGAGUGACAGUCUAGGGCCAGAGCCCAGCUGGCACAUUCAGGCAGGUGAUGGCAGGUCCCAGAGAGGCUGCAUGUGAUCACUGCAAACAGCUCGGUCUGGCAGGCACAGAGCUGCUGGAGCAGGGCCAGACAGACACAUCCAGCGGUGUUGCAAAAUAUCUGCAAUUUUUUUUCAGAUUUAUCUAUUAACCCUGGGAGUGAAAAACAUUAUCUGGUACACAAACAACCCAGAAACUGGCAGAGUGAUUUGAAAAAUAUUGGUGAUUAAAAAAGAAGUUAAGAAAAAUAAAAGGAACUCAAACUUCAGAUAAAAAUUCAGAUAAAAUCCUCACUUUUUUGAUCAGGAUGAGAUUAUUUUGACCCAUGGACUUCUAGUGUCAGCAGAUGCAGGGCUGUAAUUUUCAUUUCCCACAGCAGAAAUCACUGUCACUCCAGAUUACAGAAGUGUGCAGUGCAACCUGAAGCCAUGCAACCAGCUGAAACCUGGAGCCAUCCUACACUCUCCCCUGCCAAAAGAUAAAGCUUCCAGCCCCUAAACCAGGGGAUGAGCAUUUCAGCUCCUCUUCCAGACCCAAUUCCCCAACCAGCCUCUAGGGUGGUUUCCUUGAGGCUGGGUUUCUUUAGUCCACUGAUUUAGUUAAUUCAUUUGUUUUCUCCAGAAUGUUUACCUACAUAUUUAACCAAUAUCCUCUGUUCCUGUGUUUGUUUGUAAAUUUUAAAAUUUAUAUCUUCUCAUAGCAUGUUUAUCUUUAUAUUGGCUCCUGCUUCCCUGAACCUAUGAACUGUAGUAUGCCAGCAGCCAGCAGGCUUCUUGUUGCCUUAGCCAUGAGUACUAGAGGAAAAACUGAAGGGAUGUUUAGUUUCAGUGUUCCUCCAAUAGCCACCACUGCAAACUCGGGUCUUCUGAGGACUGUGGGGUCUGAUACUGAUGUGCCAAAUGGAGACAGCCAGUGCUGAGGGCAUCAGGCCACCUUUGAGACAAGCCUUCCCACCAAAGUCCACUCAGAUUUGCAUGCUCAGAGCACUGAACAUGCCCAAGGGUUGGUGCAGAAUAAGGAAGCCUGAACUGAAAUAAUUGCAGCCACACCCAAUGCUCAUACUUUACAAGACAGCACAGAAGACAUGGAGGGGAGAUGGAAAACAGGAGCCAGAUACAUUUGUGUCUGCUAUUAGAUUGCAUCUGCCUUGAAAAAAAUCAGUCUUUCUAGCUUGCUCUCUCUAUGGAAUUGCUCAAGCACUCACCCAGGGCAGCUGCUGUGCAGUGUGCAAUCAUGAAGCCUGAGUUCAGGCCUCCUUCAGUGACUAAAAAUGCAGGCAGUUCACUGAGUGAGGGGUUGCAGAGCCUCUCAAUUCUUCUUUCACUAAUUGCAGCGAGUUCAUGCACACCAAUUGCUAAAUAGUCCAGAGCCUACAAAAGAAGAUCUCAUUAAACCAGAUGAAAAAACAAACCAGAAAAAGUUGUUUUUUUUUUUCCUUUCUUCAAAUGCUGAAUUACCUUUGCAGGAUAUUCACCAUGAAAAUUGCCUCCAGAAAUGGUCUCUUCUCUUUCAGCAAACACCAUCUUUAAGGAGAAGUUAAGGCCCACAUGAGUGAAAUACAGUUUAUGUGAGUGAUAUCUGCCAGUAAUCAGAAUAUCUUAAAUGAAGGAGUUCUAGUGCCAAUAGGCUUUUAUUUACAAGCACAUUAUAUUGUGUCUACACUUCCACUUUUCAAGAAAUGAAGACACAAUCUCAGUUCUUCAAAUUUGUAGGUACAAUUUUGACAUGUAUGUUUUUCAAAUAAGCUACAUAAAGAGAGGUCUUUGAUCAGCUGUUCAGAUCCUAGCAUAGGUUUUCAGUUCCUUGAUAGAUUCUCUCCAUGACAGUUACAAUUUUGGCACUUAAUUAGUCCAAAUUAGAAUUGGACUACUUCCAAAUUGGAAGAAUUGGAUUAGAUUCUAAUUCAAGGUAAAAGGAAGUUUGGAAGAUUAGAAGCAAUAAUGCUUAUCAGCAAUUGAUAUAAUGCUAUGUACAUCAUCAUUAUAGUGCUAACAGAAAUGCAGCCCUGCAUCACAGAGCUGACAGAAAUCCUUCCAUGCAGUCUAAAGGAAGAGAGAUUGCUGUUGCAAACAAUGGCAGUUAUUGACCCAAGCCAAUUAUGACUUUUUUGCCUCCAGUGUGAGUAACUAUACAAAAGAAAAGAAUAAAAAAGGCUAAGAAGAAUUUUAUAUAGUAAUAAAGUAAUUAAAAAGAUACAGGGUUGUCCGUGGCACUGUUGAUUUCCGUUGUUAUUAUGUCCUUCACAAAAGCAAUUGUAUCAUUUACAAUUCCAUGGACCUACAACAAAAGACAUUAGUGCCUGAGCUUAUUAUCUGUACUUAGUUCACCUUCAGGAUGCUGACUGAGCUGCAGGGACCCUCUUCCCACUAUCUCAUUCAAUUUUCACACAUGGUCUUGGAUUUGCUUUUAACAUCAGCAGCAUCACUGCCAAUCCUAGACACUUCAAAGAUGGUAUUUACUAUUAUUAUGGCAGUUUUGCCCGAAUAGUAAUCUGAAUAUGACAUUCUUUACUUAUUUGGGUUGUUUUACCUAAAUGGAAGGUAUUUAUUCAGUGGCAGAAGUGUUGUAAGGGAAGAAGUAGCCUUACAAACACUCACAGAAAACAAAACCUCUUAUUAAUUAAUUAACUUUCAUUAAUUCCACUGAUUUAAUAGCUUUGCUCCUGUUAAAAUGCAUAGGAUUGAGCACUUCCAAUAUGUCUGAGAUACUACAUUCUGUUGGCUUCUGGAAACACCCAGUUCAUGUUAUUAACACCAGUGCAGAAGAAAAUCCCUACAAAAUCUGCAAGCAUGGAAACCAGCACUUUCCCUCUGCUUCCAACCUCUGUCCUCUUCCAGAUCUGGACACAGAUUUGUUAGAUGCUGCCUGAUGUGUACACGCAAGUAAUCAACAAAUUGCAUGUCUCCGUUAACACUACUGUGAAGUGAAGAAGAUGCAAAAUAAAGCCACUUCCUCUAACAGUGUCAGACAGCACAUAACUGACUGUAUUUCUGAGGUGGAAGUGUCACCAUAAUUUGUUGUUACAGAAGUAUCUAAAAGUCAGACUUUACCUGAGGACAGCAGCGCAUUGUGUACGCGUCCUGAACUCGGUCACAGAAUCUAUGGCUCUCUAGAAGACACAAGGAGGGCAAAACCCAAAUAUUGCUUACACAAAAGCACUGUCUCCUGUUGAAGGACCCAGCCUGUCCUGGUAACCUGAGAGGGUGAAGGUUUAGAUUGUUCACCUGCUAUUUCUGAUGGAUGAUGGUCAGAAUCUAGAAGGGACCUGAAUCGAAAGGCCACUUCAGCCUGCCCUCGAUGCGGGCGCACUGCAUGGAUAUCUGGUAAGACAAGUCAGACUGUCAGGCUGUGCCUCUCCUGUCAGGAGCUGUUUAGCAAACAGGGAGUGCCCAGUACCCACCAGUGUCAAAGGCCCUCGUUGUACCCUUCAGGACUUCCAGUGUAAGGGCAGCGAUGAUGUCAGCUUGCCUUGCUAUAGCUCCGGCUCUUUCCACAGCCUCACAUCCCAGCGAGGUGAUCAUCUGUGUCCCGUUGAUGAGGGCCAGACCCUUCAAAGGAAAACAGAUGUUAAGCAAAUUCGUUGCCAGUAUUCCACACACUGUGACAAUUCCCCAUGUCUGUGACAAUUCUCCUUCUCACAUGAAGGAGUUAAAGGUCUUUGCCUAGCUUUUUGGACCAUCUUGAAAUCACAAAAUGCACAGCUUGACUGAGCAUCUGCUACAUAAAGUGUAAUGCUCACAACCCCAUUAAGUCCCUGCAGACACCCUUGGAGCACCAGUAGUUCCAAGCAAGUAAGAUACCUGCUUCAAGUCAGUCAUCUGACUUCCUGUUCUGGCCAAAGGGUGGACAGGUACCUUGAAGGUGCCUCUUAGACAGCUGUGUCAGGAUGGUAUAAAGUGCUUUUGAAAGGGACCUGUCUGUCUCCACUGACCACAGAGCCAAUCUGAACACCAAGCUUGGGUCUGACAUUUCAAGUCAAGUAGGGUGACACUAGGAGUGGUGAAUCCCACUCCUGACAACACUUCAUCAUUAUCUUUCUAAAGUUUGAUUUAAAAUUAUUAUUAAUUCAUGUAAUGCUUUUACUGUACAUAUAAAGCAAAUAGUGAUUGAUUGACUAUGCUCUUUUUCAUCAGCUGACAUCAUUAUACUUUAUUACCUCUUUUGGUUUCAAGGUGAUUGGUUUCAGUCCAUGGGCUUCCAGGACCUGUGAAGUAGUUAAAUGCCAAGGCAGUUAAUGAAAAAUACUUUUCAGUCACUAAAGUCACAAAAUGAAGUCACUCAAACUUAAAUGUUUCCAUGAAUAGAAAUAUUAACAAAUUUCUUAAGUGAUGGAAGAAAAAGAGCUUUAUAUCACAAACAUAUCACAUAUUUUUUUCUGCUGGGCUAAAUAAAGGACUUCCAAACUAGCACCUCACUUCCUAGUGCCAAUACAAGAAGGUAGCAGGAGCACUGAAGCAAGAUAUUUGUCACUGUCACAGCCCAUCAACAUCUACCAUGUUCUAGAUGAUGGGAGAGGCUGGAAGCCCCUUGGGAAGGCAGUUCUGCCUACACCCUGCCUCAUAGCAUUUUGGCUUGGCAUAAAUUAUUCCUUAUUAAAUUAUUCCUAAUCCUUUCUAUAGAAAAUCUCUAAUGACAGGAGGAGUCCUAUCCAGUUUAUUCUGUACAUGUCUAUUCUACAGGGCAAUUGUUCUUGCAGGAAAUGGAGAAACACCAUAACUUAUUCCUCAUUUAAUCCUCUCACCCUGUCCAACAGAAGAGGUAAUGCAUCUCAGAAGUGUACAGCUAUAACUUCUGGUCUUGAAGGUCCAGCACACACUGGUCUGCUUCCUCCUUACUCCUCUCCCUGUGUAGUCCUCAAUCUUUCUCCAGUCUAGAGCGAUGUACACCUAUCAAUCCAUGAAUGAGUCUGGUAUUCAAAUAUUCAUGGAUAGGAGUUAUAGGUAUAGCAGAACAAACUACCAUGAAAGACUAUGGAGGGGCUGGACUUGGAGAUAUUUAACACAAGAUCAAUCUGCUGGUGUGUUAGUGGCAGAAUAAUGAUGGAUCAAAACGUAAUUUCAUUGUAACAUUUCCAUCUUGUGAUGAAAUAUAAAGGCUCCUUGUAACCCUAGCUAAUUUAUCAAAAAUGAAAUAUCCAAACCUGUGUAUUUACUUAAAGCCACUGUAAAAUCAGUAGAAAUUUUACUGCAAAGAUUGUGCCUCCAGUAAACCUCCAGGUAUGCUCAGCAUUUGAGAGGUGAUGUUGGAUUUUUUACAAGAGUAUUGAUGCUCAUGGAGCUGAAGAUACAGUAAUAGUUCUUUCAUAGUUGGUAUCAUAUCCUCUCCAUUUCUCCAGUUCAUAAAUGAUGAACUGUGGUAUCUUGUAUAGCAGUACUGUGGCAUGAUAUUUCUUUAGGGCUCAAUAACAUGCUGCUUAUUUAUGUCUGCUACAGUGACAUGUGGGUCAGUUCUUGCAUUCUCCAUGGAUCCACCUUCCUCAAAUUAGAGAAUAAGUAGCUAAAGGCAAUCUAGUCCCAAUUCAAACUGGUAGAGAAAAUCCAAAGACUUGUACAUAUUACUAAUAUGAGAAAAAGCUCUCUUUCUCUCAAAACUACAUGCAAUUUGAAAAAUGAGUCAGCAAGCUAAAAUAAAAUAAACUGUCAGCUGCACAAAUCUUACAUAUUUAGCAUCAGCCCAGCCACUCUUCGGGGACCACAUCUUUCCCUCUCCAAUUAAUCCCAGAGCAAGAUGAGAGAGAGGGGCCAAGUCUCCGCUGGCUCCAACUGUCCCUUUCUCUGGGAUAUAAGGAAGGCAGGAUGCUAGAAAGAAAACAAAAAUCACUCAUUUUAGAGCCUUGCUUUGAUAAACACCUUGGAAAACAGAGAAGCCAGCUCACAAGUGUGGCCACAGUAACCACCUACAAUCAUGGACAAUGGCACCAACAGGACUAUUCUUGUUGCAGCUCUAGUCCUGAUCUCUCACAACUACCAAGCUGAAAGACCAACACCUGCAUCUUGACCCAUUGAGCUACACCCUUUAACAAAACAGUUAAAAGGAAAAAAAAGGGAAAGGAAGAUUUUCUUUAAACAUCUUUUUACCAUUAAACACUUCAAUAACUUGCUCGAGGGUUUCUAGGGAUAUUCCACUGUAUCCUUUGGCUAGGACAUUGAUUCUUAGUGCCAACAGCAUGCGAGUUCUCUCUGGGGUCAAAGGUUUCCCCACACCUGAAACAGUAGCAGAACCCUCUGGGUUACUCACCCGCUACCAACAAGGGCAGAAAAGGGAAACACUGAGCAAUCUCUCAUUACCUGCAGAAUGUGAACGAACCAAGUUCACUUGAAGCUCCCUACAAAAAAAAAAAAAAAGAAAA